AUGUCGGAAGAUGGUGAGGAGGUGGUCUGUGUCGGAUCCAUCGCCGAGUUGAAAGAACUCACGGGCAUUGGAUUGACUGAUUUGCAUCGCGAGAACGUUGAUGACAUCACUAUUCCCUCCAAUAUUCCCGGUCAGCCACCCUUGAAACGUGUCUCAGAGGUUUUUGACUGUUGGUUCGAAUCUGGAUCCAUGCCUUACGCUCAGGUCCACUACCCGUUUGCAAACAGGAAAGAAUUCGAGGACUGUUUCUCUGCCGAUUUCAUUGCCGAGGGCAUUGAUCAAACACCCGGAUGGUUGUCAAUAAAUUUGGAGCUGAUUCUUCGUCUCUACUUGAUCAACUCCCCAGUUGUUUGUGCAGAGAAUCUGCGAUUCAAAGAGGAAGGUGUUCGAGAUAUUAUCAAGGACGUUUUCCUACCCUGGUACAACGUUUACCGUUUCUUUGUCAAAAAUCUGGAACGUCUCGAGCGCGAAGAUGGAAUUAAAUUCGUUUAUGAAGAAGAGGCCUCCAAUUUGUCAACGAAUGUGAUGGAUCGCUGGAUCAUUUCCUACACUCAGUCCUUGCUUCUGUUCGUCCACCAAGAAAUGGCUGCCUAUCGGCUAUACACUGUUGUUCCUCGUCUUGUCCGGUUUGUUGACUACUUGACCAACUGGUACGUGCGGAUGAACCGUAAGCGACUAAAGGGAGAUGGUGGCAAGGACGAUUGUCAUCACGCCUUGCAGACACUUUUUAGUGUCUUGUUUUCAAUGAUUCGUGUUAUGGCUCCAUUCACGCCCUUCCUGACCGAAUUUAUGUACCGCAACUUGCGUCAUUUAGUGGCCAACCAGAAAGCCGGAACGACGGAAUCCGUUCAGCAAAAAACAUUUCAGUUAAACUUUAAAAUGUUUUUUGCUGCAAUUAUGGCACUUUUCGUAGAAAACAGUAUCCAGUCUAUCGAUUUCAUACCAAUUCAUCUGUUUAAAAAUUCUUCUUCCUUUCAAUUGCAAUUCGACCAUGUCGCAAACUCCGAAUGCUUCUGUCAUUUUUCUUUUAUAAAAUAUCAUUUUUCUGUCUUGAGUCCAUUGCGGAUCGUCCAUUGGACCUUGGCAAAUUUCGAUAGCCAUUUUAAAAGAGGUGGUUUGCGAAACUUCUACUUUUUGAUCAUUUUUGGGGAAAUGUAA